AUCCAACCUCUCUGACAACAAUAACAAUAUUCCCGCCAAUUCCCGCGCUACUCGUGAAAUGGCAUGCCUUCAAAGUUAUUCACCCAAUUAUUUUGCAAUAAACGAUAUUUUGAGCUCCGAAGAACGUAUAUCUUGCAAAAUCGAAGUAGAAUUGCCGGGACUAGGUAGUCUUUGCUUUAUGUUUACUAACCUUAGCCAUCCUAACCAAACUACAUUGUUAUUAAUUUGCCGCCAAAUAGUAUCACCAUUACACAUAAUAAAUAAAUGCUUUUUGGAUUCAUCGUCCCAGUCUGAAAAUAUAAAGGUGGGAUCAAAACUGGAGUUUCCAUUAUGGUUAGCAGAGUCAUUGAAAAACCUGCAGAAUCCUGUAGUCACUGUUCAAAUACCAAAUAUAUUUAAAGAAGGAUACAGGGAAAUUUUAGGAGCUGAUGCAGAUGCUGUUACUUUAAGCAAAUGGAAUCCUUACUUCUAUGAGUUGGGAAUUCAUGUGCAGAAAUUUGGUGACAGAGAAUCCGACCAGAUAACUGAAAGUUUGUUACAGACAUUUAAGUCUCGUUUUCGAUUAGUUAUGGAUUGGGCUCAAAAUCCAAUAUCGGAUCCAACAUUGGAGACUCAACUUCCUCGACUUGAAAGAGAUCUUUUUCUGCAUGGAAGAAAGGCUAAAGUUCGAUUGUUAGAGUGGUUGAAAAUGGGUACUAAUAGCAUCCUUCCUUCUGAAAUUACAGCUAACUUGAAGAAACGAAAACGUUCAGACUACGAACUUGAGUGAAAUUUUUAAUUUAUAAAACAACUGUGUAAAUAUCCGUCAUUUAACUUUUUUAAUUAUGCAUGGAAUGAAUUGAUAUUUUAUGUAAUAAACUGUGCCUAGAAAUACGAAUAAAGAUUCGAAGAGAAA